AUGGCACGAACUAUGGAUAGAAAUGAGCUUUAUAAAGAACCUCAAUCGUUUGCUAUUGGACCAUAUACAUUUAAAAACUGUCAGCUAAUAGGCGGAGGAACAUAUGGUACUGUCUAUAAGGCAUAUGAUAUUGAACAACGGACAUAUUUUGCGAUAAAAGUGAUCAGAUUAGACAGUCGAGAAGGUGUACCUGGAACUUGUCUUCGAGAAGUAUCAAUUUUGAAAGAACUCACUCAUCCAAAUAUCGUUCAAAUGCAUGACGUUAUACCAAGUAAUGGGUGCAGGAAAAUAUAUAUGGUGUUCGAGCAUAUUGAUUAUGAUUUAAAAAUGCUUAUUGAAAAAUUGCGACCGAAACCCUUCCCAAUGCUUUACAUCAAAAGUUUCUUGUGGCAGUUGCUGCGUGCUCUUACCCUCUGUCACACAAAUCGUGUAUUGCAUCGAGACUUGAAGCCACAGAACAUUUUAGUAACUGCAAAUGGUACUGUAAAAAUUGCUGAUUUUGGUCUUGCACGUUCCUUUACAAUACCUUCCAGAUGUUAUACGCAUGAGAUAGUAACUUUAUGGUAUCGAGCACCUGAAAUUCUACUCCGUUCAAGAUUUUAUUCAACAGCAGUCGAUAUAUGGAGUUUGGCUUGUAUAUUUGCUGAGCUAGUUACCUCAACACCGCUCUUUCGUGCAGACUCUGAAAUCAGUCAACUGCUUCAAAUAUUUCAAAUCCUAGGAACUCCCACUCCGGAAAUUUGGCCUGAUUUGAUAAAUUGUAUUGAUUACAAUCGUAAUUUCCCGAAAUGGACAGAAUGCGUUUUAGCAGAACACGUACCAGGUCUGGAUAGUGACGGUCUAGAUUUGCUCGCGCAAAUGCUGCUGUAUCCACCUGAAGAAAGGAUCACUUCAAAAGCUGCACUCAGUCAUCGUUUCUUGGGAGAUGUUCCAAUACAUAUUGAACCGGUCGCGACGUUAUUUGGUUCAGAUGAUGAAUGA